AUGAAUUUAUCACCUUCUUCUUCCUCUCAUUCCAAAUUUACGAUGAAGCUUCUCGUCGACACUGAAAACGACAAAGUUCUCUUUGUUGAAGCAUCCAAAACGGUAUUUGAUUUUCUUCUCAACAUUCUCUAUUUGCCUUUGGCCACUGUUGCUCAACUCGUCGAUGAAAAUGGAAUGCUAACCGGCGUAUGUAACAUGUAUCGCAGUCUUCAAAACCUCCCAGAUGAAUUCUUCAAUUCAUGCUACCAAGGGUUACACCCUCUACUACCGCCCUCGUCCUAA